CUCCCCGCCCCACCGUCCCAGUCCCGGCGCUCAGGGUUCGGCAGCGCCCCCUGCCUUCCCGCCUGGCCUCUGCGGCCUCGGCCUCUGCGCUCUGCCAGGGCCGCCGGCGGUUCCCCGGCUCAGCCAGGGCUUCGACUCCCAGCAAACUCGCGUCGGGUGCCCGGGGUCAUCGAUCGCCCACCCUCGCCCUGGCAACCUCUGUCCUCUCCCUGAGCCCGCAUCCCGGAAAGACAGACGGAGGGAAGAGCUCACACCAGAUAUAUUGACAUCAUUUGAAAGAGGACAUUAUUUCCAUCAUGAAUGCUAAUAAAGAUAAGAGACCCAAGGCACAGUGUCAAGAAUGUCACAUUUUUCCUGUUUUAAUGAUGCUAAGCAUGACAAUGCUGUUUCUUCCUGUCACUGGAACUUCUAAGCAAAAUAUUCCACGGCUCAAGCUAUCAUACAAAGACUUGCUGCUUUCAAAUAGCUGUAUUCCAUUUUUGGGUUCACCAGAAGGACUGGAUUUCCAAACCCUUCUAUUGGAUGAGGAAAGGGGAAGGCUUCUUCUAGGAGCCAAGGACCACAUCUUUCUGCUCAGUCUGGUUGACUUAAACAAAAAUUUUAAAAAGAUUUAUUGGCCUGCUCCUAAAGAACGGGUAGAAUUAUGUAAACUAGCUGGGAAGGAUGCCCAUACUGAAUGUGCAAAUUUCAUACGGGUACUUCAACCAUAUAACAAGACUCACAUUUACGUGUGUGGAACUGGAGCGUUUCAUCCCAUGUGUGGAUAUAUCGAUGUUGGAGUCUACAAGGAGGAUCUCAUAUUCAAACUAGACACACAUAACUUGGAGUCUGGAAGACUGAAAUGUCCUUUUGACCCGCAGCAGCCUUUUGCUUCAGUAAUGGCAGAUGAGUACCUCUACUCUGGAACAGCCUCUGAUUUCCUUGGCAAAGACACUGCAUUCACGCGAUCCCUAGGGCCUACUCAUGACCACCAUUACAUCAGAACGGACAUUUCAGAGCACUACUGGCUCAAUGGAGCAAAAUUUAUUGGAACUUUCCCUAUACCGGAUACCUAUAAUCCAGAUGAUGACAAAAUAUAUUUCUUCUUUCGUGAAUCAUAUCAAGAAGGCAGUACUUCUGAUAAGACCAUCCUUUCUCGAGUUGGAAGAGUUUGUAAGAAUGAUGUAGGAGGACAACGCAGCCUGAUAAACAAAUGGACAACUUUCCUGAAAGCCAGACUGGUAUGCUCAAUUCCUGGAAGAGAUGGGGCAGAUACUCAUUUUGAUGAACUCCAAGAUAUAUAUUUACUCCCUACACGAGAUGAAAGAAAUCCUGUCAUAUAUGGAGUUUUUACCACUACCAGCUCCAUCUUCAAAGGCUCUGCCGUGUGUGUAUUUAGCAUGGCUGACAUCAGAGCUGUUUUUAAUGGUCCCUACGCGCAUAAGGAGAGUGUGGAACAUCGCUGGGUUCAGUAUGAUGGAAGGAUUCCCUAUCCGCGGCCUGGCACCUGUCCGAGCAAGACCUAUGACCCCCUGAUUAAGUCUACCCGAGACUUUCCAGAUGAUGUCAUCAGUUUCAUAAAGCGGCACCCCGUGAUGUAUAAGGCAGUCUACCCAGUGGCAGGAGGACCAACAUUCAAGCGGAUAAAUGUGGACUACAGACUAACACAGAUAGUGGUGGACCAUGUCAUUGCAGAAGAUGGCCAGUACGAUGUAAUGUUUCUUGGAACUGAUAUGGGAACAGUCCUAAAAGUUGUUAGCAUUUCAAAGGAGAAAUGGAAUAUGGAAGAGGUGGUACUAGAAGAGUUGCAGGUAUUCAAGCACCCAACAACCAUCUUGAGCAUGGAGUUAUCUCUAAAACAGCAACAAUUAUACAUUGGUUCCCGAGAUGGGUUGGCUCAGCUCUCCUUGCACAGAUGUGACACUUAUGGGAAAGCUUGUGCAGACUGCUGUCUGGCCAGAGAUCCCUACUGUGCCUGGGAUGGAAAUGCAUGCUCUCGUUAUGCACCCACCUCAAAACGGCGAGCUAGGCGCCAAGAUGUAAAAUAUGGAGACCCAAUCACACAAUGCUGGGAUAUUGAAGACAGCAUUAGUCAUGAAACUGCUGAUGAAAAGGUGAUUUUUGGCAUUGAGUUUAACUCAACCUUUCUGGAAUGUAUACCCAAAUCCCAGCAAGCAUCUAUUAAGUGGUAUAUCCAGAGGUCAGGAGAUGAGCAUCGAGAAGAGUUGAAACCCGAUGAAAGGAUCAUCAAAACAGAAUAUGGGCUACUGAUUCGAAGUCUGCAGAAGAAGGACUCUGGGAUGUAUUACUGCAAAGCACAGGAGCACACUUUCAUCCACACCGUAGUGAAGCUGACUUUGAAUGUCAUAGAGAAUGAACAGAUGGAAAAUACCCAGAGGGUAGAGCAUGAGGAGGGGCAGGUCAAGGAUCUAUUGGCUGAGUCACGGUUGAGGUACAAAGACUAUAUCCAAAUCCUUAGCAGCCCAAACUUCAGCCUGGACCAGUACUGCGAACAGAUGUGGCACAGAGAGAAGCGGAGACAGCGAAACAAGGGCGGCCCAAAGUGGAAGCACAUGCAGGAAAUGAAGAAGAAACGAAAUAGAAGACAUCACAGAGACCUGGAUGAGCAUCUCUGAGCUGCAUCUACAGUUUUCUAUUUAAUUUUUUAAAAGAAUCAUUUACCUGCAAAGUUAUUACAGUCUUCUAUUUUGUACAUUUCUCUUACUAACUCAUAAAUAUUUUCCAUGGAUUUUUUUCUAAGAAACAAAACCAAUAACCUGAAUAGGACAAUACAUGGCAAAUGCGGGAUUGUAGGGGCAAGAAAUUCAUCUGGACAAAUUAUUUCAAGAAUCAAAACUAUAAGAAUUAUCCUCAAACUAUAAACUGUCUGCAUACUCUCAGAAUUAUCUCAGUAUAGCAGCUUUACCUUUGUAAAUGGUUGACAUUUUGAAUUUAUUUUAUUGUGUAAAUAUUUAAGCUAAAUAAGUCUCAAAUUUUGAUAUGACAUUAAGCAUAGGGUCACCAUGUUCUUGUGUUGUAUUCAUAGGGACUGAUAAAUCAUUCCACAUCAGAACUGGUUGUCUUGUAGUAGGAAAUGGAGAGAAGGCACAAAUUCGAAGAGCUCAUGGUAUUAACAGUAACUCUCUCAGUGAGUCAUUGGCUUUUGGAACUAGGUGUGGGGAUUUGUAGGCACAUUAUUUCUUUCAGUCCACAAGGGUUAUAUUUAGUGUACUGCAACAUUGAUUUACUGAAGGGCAUUAAUACCACUCACAGGAUUCCUUAUGAUUUGUUAGUAGGAACAAGUUCACAGACAGAAAUUGGUACUUGGUUAUAUAUUUCUAGAAUACACACUAUGCUCCACAGGGAGAGAAUGCUCGAUACUUAUUCUAAUGAGAUAUGAAAAAAUAUUUUAAUAAAGUAAAAGAACCACCAUGAUGCGUACUGCAUUCUACUUGUGAGACAUGCAGAUGGGAUUUGUUAGGGAACUGAAGGAGAAACAGCCAUAAAUUUUGGAUGUGUGAAUAACUCACAUCCCCAUGAAAAGGAAGAGGAAUCACAAAUAAAGUGGACAAAAUGAAAUGGAGCUCUUUUCACUGGAGACUAAGUAGCUGCCAAUGCAUAAUUCAUCUGGCUUUUUUUUUAAGUCUAAAUUAUAACAAAGUGCUCGCAAAAGUCUGAGGAAAGUAAAAUUUAUAAAGGAUCAUGGAAAGUAUGAACAUAUUUUAUUUAUAACCAAUGGUAUUUCAAUAUGUAUUUUCAAUAUGUAUUGCUUCUAGUUGUCUUCCUAAAUAAUUGGCAUACUUUAUAUAUUGUUUCUAUUUACUUCCACUUUAUAUAUUGUUUCUGUUUACUUCCUUAUUUUCUCUUACAUAUUACCUUAUUGGAAUAUCUUUGAAAAUGAUGUAUAAUAUAGAGAUAAUUAAGUAGAUGACCAGGGUGAGCAUUGGAGCUAUUAAUUGAAUAUCCAAUUAAAUGUAAAAAAAAUUAACAACGGAAAGGGUUAAAUUAACUCUUUGACAUAUUUUUACUUCAGUCAACCUUUUUGAAUUUCUAAUAUGUUGUAACUCAAGUAGCAUCAUUUUAGUAAUUUAACAAUAAGUACCACAAACUCCCAGCGUUAGCAUAAACACCUUCAUAUUAUGUUAGCCUGUUUGAAUGUUUCCAAUUCAAUUUCCCUUUGAAUCUGUAGAGCAUAUUUUCUUCUGUUUGAGUAGGACUCACCUUUCCUUCUUAGAUCACGCAACCCUUAGCCUUCUUCUGUUUUGCCCUUUUCACGCCCUUUAUAGUGUGAAAUGAAAAAUUAGUCACUUCCUCACAUGGAAGGCAGCUUUUCAGAAAACUAAAUAAGAGACUUCGCUCAUUUCUCAUGCAUUCUGAAUACUCUGAAAGAAAACUCUGUGAGAAACCAGUGUGCUUAGAAGGCAACUUAUUACUGAGUCUGUGACUGUUGCUGUUUUCAGAAACUUGUCUUCCAUUUAUUUUAUGUGCAUCACUUCCCUUUUUCAAAGAAAGUUUAAGUACCCUCUUUCAUAUUGUGUUCAUGAUCAUUUGGGUAUGUUUUACUGUUAAGGAAUAUUUAAGGAACCAAAUUAGUAAAAACAAGCUAGAAUAAAUCACUGUUUUAGAAUAAAUGCAUACUAUUAAUAGAUGUGACACCUUGUACAUCUGAUUGAUGCUUAUUCAAAAUAAAUGAGGAGGAUACAACACCUCCUCCAUCUGAAGAGUUAUAGAAGGGUCCAGAAUGCUAAGUGAAUAUCACAUGUGAGUGUAAUUAUUGAUUUGCUAGGAUAAGAAUAUCCCAUUAAUUUAUAUAGCAAGCUCACAGCAAGAAAGUGGAAUCAUACUUUGCUUUAAAAGAUAUAAAGGUAUUUGUAAUACACCCGAAAUUGCAUCUACAAUGCUAUUAAUGUUCAGAUAUGGAGGGUUUGGAGAAAAUUAUAGAAAACUGAAAUAUUAGGACUAACCUGUAAAAAUUAAAUUAUUUUCAUUCAAAUUUAAGUGUCCAAACUACUUUCCAACUACUUUUUAAAACGUUUACUUCAAACAACAAUUGAGAACCCAAUGUCACAUCUGGCUUCUUUGGAAAUAAAUCAUUUAAUUCAGCAUAGCUGAAAUAUGAGAUAGUUUAGUAAAAUUAAAACCCACCUAAAAAUAAGGAAAAAACAUAUACUUAAAUAUAGAGGAAAUCUAAAGCUCAUUUAAUUAUUUUAACUCUUCUAUAGUCCAGGACACUUAGAGGAAUGGUGUGAAUGUAUUAUUAUUAAGUUUACAAACAUAAUAUAAACUUAUAUUAUCUCUUGAGAUUAUAAUAAUUCGUAAUUUCAAGUAUUCAAAAAUUGAACACUAUGGGAAAAAUCUAUUUUAUUCUUAUUUUCUGAUCUUUCUCUGUGUAUUUGAUACCUAUGUCUUUGAUUUUCUUCUCUGUUUCUGUCUGCACUUCCUUCCAGCUCUUUAUGCUGCUAAGUGAAAUACUUCUCAUCUGCAUUCAUUUGCAUUUAAUUUAUUGGGAACUUUAAGGGUGUUUAGAAAUGGAUAGUUGAAUUUUAAUUUAUGUAGAACCUUUCUUCUUUCCCAAAGCACUCAAAACACUACAUUUCCUUGAUUGAGUAAACAUUUUAGAAAAACAAUGAAAUUACUUAAGAAAUUCAGAAUAGUCAUAAAAAAGUUAGAAAUUGGCAGGAGCCACACAGUAAUAGAAUGCAUAGUGUCAUCAUUUGGUUGCCUGAAAUAAUGCUCACUUAUACUGGCUACAAAGUGACCUGACUUUUCUUUCCUUUGGUCUGUACUUUGAUUCUUCACGUGCUAUCAUACUUUAUUCUUGCUCAGUUGUAUGGACUUAAUUAAAAUGUAAAUUAACAAUGUCUUUUUAUAAAAUAUAACCACAAUUCAAUGUCUGAAAAGAACUUGGUAUCUGACAUCUACAAAAUAAUAAAGUUAAGUGAGAUCUUUUAUUAAACACUGGUUGUCUUAAACUUAGUAUUUGAUGUAUUUCAUAUACAUCACUAUGACAAAUCAAAAUCAAAACUGAAAUAAUCUCUGUUAUAGCUCCCUAAAACAACAUGAUUUAAUUGGUUAGCCUUAUUUGGGAAUGAAUACUUUAAGAAAAUAACAUAUGUGAAAGUUUUGUGGAAAGAUACAUACUUUUCAUAAUGAAUAUCCACAAUAUUUAAAUAAUUCAGUUUAUACAUGAGGCUAAAACUAUACAAAAUCUAAAAUUUCCAUUUAUAUAAAUUGAGAGAAAAAAGACAUAAAAAAUGUAUAACUAACUUUGUAAUUUAAUCCUAGCAUGGGGAGUGGGUCGGAUUCAAUUUUGAAAUAAUUUGGUAUUUUUAAAGAAAUGUAGUCUUGUAGUACAAAAUAACAGAAAUUGUUAAAUGUAUAUUUGGUUGUAUUAUAAUAAAACACAAUUUUGUAUGAUUAUAAA